AGCGCGCUGUCCAUCACAGCCGUGACUCAGAUCACACGUGUCAUGUGACGGAUGUUUUUGUUAUUUUCGCUUCCGCCUUUGGGUCGUUUCAUCUCGCCGUGUCAUGUGGAUGUCAAAAGCCGCCAAACGGAGCGUGCUGACCGGCUCUGUGUAGGUGUGUGUGACCGCCGCGUCGACUCUUCGAGAACUCUCCGCCGCCGCGACGACGACGACGACGACGACUCUUCGGAGAACCCGCUUUCGAGGCCCGAGAAAGCUCGAUGGCGGACGGGGAACGGUCGCCGCUGCUGCUGUCCGAGCAGCACGACGGCACAAACGGCUACUCUCCGCACGGAUAUGUGUCCAAACCACAGAGUUUUGCCCCGUUCCCCAGCUCGCUGGUCCCAGGCGACCCUCCACCCCCGUACUCGCCGCAGGGCAGCCCGGACAGCAGCAGCGCUCCGGUCAUCAGCUGCCGGGUCUGUCAGAGUGCCAUAUCCGUGGAGGGCAAAAUGCAUCAGCACGUGGUGAAAUGCGGCAUCUGCAACGAAGCUACGCCCAUAAAGAACGCUCCGGUUGGAAAGAAGUACGUCCGCUGUCCAUGUAACUGUCUGCUGAUCUGCAAAGUCACGUCGCAGAGGAUCGCCUGUCCAAGACCAUAUUGUAAACGCAUCAUCAACCUGGGUCCGGUCCACAUCGGCAGGGACAGCCCUGAACCACAACAUCAGCCUGUUGGCAUCCGGAUCAUCUGUGGACACUGCUCCAAUACAUUCCUGUGGACAGAGUUUUCAGACCGAACCUUGGCCCGAUGUCCACACUGCCGAAAAGUCUCUUCUAUUGGUCGGCGGUACCCCAGGAGGAGAAGCCUACUGUGCUUCCUGCUGUUCGUUGUCCUCGCCGCCUCUGCUGCAGGACUUGUGGCUGGUACGUGGAAACCCGCCCAGAACUCCAAAGGGAUCUACGUUUCGUGGGUGCUGCUGAUCCUGCUCGUUCUGUUCGCCAUGGCAAGAGCCAUCUACUGGAGGUGUCUGAAAAUCAGCGACCCCAUAUCCAACGUCACAUAGAGAGAGAGAGAGAGAGUAAGUGAGGAAAGAAAGCAAGGUGAGAGGGUUAGCGGAGGAAGCAAAGACGCUGAAGAAUCUCCAAAUUCACAGAGAAGAAAGGAUGAAAUUAACAAACGCUGAAAGGAUAGAGAUGAACAGAUGUAUUUGAGAUAUUAAAAAUAAAACUUUGCUUUCAAGUCAAAUGGGAUUAACCAUAAAUACGAGCUGCCAAUUUAAUUCAGUCAAAAAGUUUCCUUUGUCGUUUUCACCAUCUCAAACUGGGGAUGGUUGGAGGAUGGAUGGAGACAAAUAUGGAUUAGCUGGACUAAAAAAAAAGCAAAAAAAAAAGCUGGUUUUGACCUGAUAUUUUUCUUCUAUGUUGGAUUAAUGUGUUGUUUCAAAGCCCGAUGGUGCUACUUCAUGAACAAACAUCACAACAACGUCAUUUUUGAGCCCCAGAAUUAUAAAGAAUCCUGUAGAGAACUGAAAUUAUAGAUUCAAGAUCAGUUGAAGGAUGAAUACGGCAGAGGAGGUGUUUUAGUCUGCGUUUAAGUUAUAUAAUCCAAAUACCAAAUAAGAAAAAAAACAACAAUUAAUCCUAAUCAAACUGAGCAGGUUGGAAAGAAGAAACAAGACUAGACGACUUUUACUGAAAACCAAAGUAACAAUUGAAAUUCUACAUUUCUGCUGUCACAAUGAUAAAAACUAAGAUCUGAUACCACUCUCAUAUCUGUAUGGUAAAUAUGCAGCAGUUGUCUUAGCUUAGCGUAUUUUCCAAUUCACUUGAACAGUCCAUUUCACAUUUGAGCUUAUUUAUUUUGUCGAACUCGUCAAUCAAAUCAGUAUUUAAAUUUGAAUUGAACAGUUUCUCUGGAGCUUCUCAUAACCAUAUCUCAAUAACCAUAUAAUUUAAAUGCAAGGAACCACAUGCUUUUGUUUUAGGGACAUUAUUCAUUGAAUUACAUGCUCAGAUUAUUCCGAUUAAACGCUUAAUUUAACUGCUGUAAAUGUUCAGUUCUCGCAAGAAGGCUUUCCAUUCCCUCUGAGGAGAGUUUAUGUGCUUAUUUGACAAGAUGUUAUUUAAAACGUGCUCGAUAACGUGCAGAAUAUGGUGAGGGAAAUGUAGUUUAAGGCAAUAAAGGAUGUACAUGGUGAAGUUAAAUCAAUAGGCGGGCAUUAGCAGCAUUAUUUUCUUUACUUUUUUUUUUUUUUUUUUCAAAGUUGGUCGAGUAGCAUGUCAGCGUUCAGAUCACACAAGGAUUUAAAGGCAUUUCAUUUUAUUUACUUUUGAAAAUGAAGCUCUGGCCAGCGUUCAGACAGAAUCCGGUGCUAUAGUGAAAACACAGUGGGGCUGGUGCAUUUUGGCUAAAGCCAAGUUGGAUGAAAACGCACCCCAACGUCACUCUAUGGCCACCAAUCGAACCGGUCAAACCUCCACAGUCAGUCUGAAAUGUCUCUGAGACUGAGACUAUCCAGGUAGUGAGUCCGACUCACAAUUUAAGCAGCAAAAUAGAGACAUGAAGAAGUCUAAUUUGCAUCUGAUAGUUUGAGCGAAAGAACGGUGGUUGAGCAACAUGGACAGUUAAUGUGAGUGAGAGAGCGCCAGCAUCGAAAAAUAAAUAAACACCCCCGUCCAGCAGCCCCGCACACCACCUGACAACCCUGUGGUGAUUCACCGCAGCGCCUGAAUCUGUCUGAAUGUGCCGUAAAUAAUAACUUGUCCAUUGAUCUUCUAAACCGAACUGGAAAUAAGCAAAAAUAUCACAACCUAACGUGUUCUCAGAACUCUCUUCACAUUCUGCUAAAUGCUUUUUAACUAAAACCCAAAAGGGCAGUUUUACCUGUCGCACGGCGAAAGAUUUAUUUAUUUGUCUCGUCACUUUUUAAUUCACAUCCGUCUCAUUUGAAUCAAACUGAAUUGGGCUGACGCGUUAGAAAAAAGCUGUCGGCGUCUCGUGUACAUAUAUAUUCAGUGGAUGUUGAUUAUUUUGGACUGUACAGAAUUAUCAGAGCUGUUGCUUCCCUCUUGUGGCUUGAUUAAUGUAAGUACCUGCUGACUGUGAAACAUGUUGCACUACAUUGUACUGAUGUACUACUACUGUAUGUUUAUGUCAAUAUUAUUCAGGUGGAUGGACUUUUUUGUUUUGUAUAAUGUGAAACAAAGUAAUACUUUUAACAAGUU